GUCAGUUCUGUCGAAGCAACGCCCUGACGCACAGGUGGUUUAAGUUUUGGUGACCCUCGGGAGUAUAGUGUCCACUGUCCAUAAUGUCUCAACUACCCGUAUUCAAUCCGCCAUCCCCAUUCCUGGCCCAUAUGCCGGCAGGGCUUGGAAUUUAUCGGAAAAUUACCAUUCGUGGUAAAAUGACUCAUGACCAAUUCAACAUUAACCUGCAAACCGGCCCCAACACGAACCCCCGUGACGAUACGGCACUGCACAUCAGCAUUCGACCCCGGGACGGUGUCAUCAUACGUAACUCGGUCCAGUUCCGCAACUGGGGCAUUGAGGAACGAUUCGGUGGAUGUCCGGUGCAGAAGAGGUCUUACUUCGACGUGACCAUCACGGUGAAACCGGAGGGCUUCGGCAUUGCGGUGAACGGUGCGCACUAUUGUGACUUCAACCAUCGUCUACCGUACGCGUCGAUUCGCUUCAUCCACAUCGGCGAAGGUGCGAAAGUGGACGCCAUCACGUCAGAAUAAAGGACGUGCUAACGAAACAAGCUACCUGCCAACAAUAGCGUUUAAGGUUGUGCCGCUGUAAUAAACCAUGUCACUCA